AUGGCCGCCAGUUCCGCGGGCCGGCUGGUUAUUCCACAUGAUUUUCCAAAGGCUGAUGAUUAUGAAGUCCCAUAUGCGCCAUCGCCGUUCUACGACAUAACCAUACUUGAAGAUCCUCCCGAUACCGCCAAAGUCAUUCUGAAUCGGACAUGGCGCACGAUAUUCAACGAUAGGGCCUUGAGCAGGGAGGUGUUGCGAACCCUGGUAAAACACCAUUGUUGGGGCUUUGUAUACUCCCAGGGAGGAAAAGAGGAAACCAAGGAGGUUCUUGUGAAAGCUCUGUUCAAGGUUUUCUACCAUAUGAAGCCAGAAUACCGUCCUAGAACCUUUUCUGAGCUCUUUGAUCUCAAACGCGAUGCUGGACCACGUCUUUUGGGGUGGGACAAAAAGUAUGCGUAUGAUCCGAGCCUACCGAGAGAUUGGAGAACAGGGCAUAGGAGCGAGGCACAGCGUCGGAAAAUCACCCAAUCUCGGUAUGAGGAAAACGAGCGGAGGCCUUUGAAUCUUCCAAUGCCCGUUAGCAUCCAGCAUCCUAACCUGCCUCCUCUAUUGCAUCCUAACAGGAGAUACAACCCGCCAUACGUCCCGCCAAGGCCUGUACCGUUAAUGGGUCCAACGCAAAAUGAAAUCCCCGCAAGCCAUAUCCGACAAUUUCUCUUCCCACUUUACAGAAAUCAGCUUCCAGAUGACCCAUGGGCUCCUCUGACCGAUCCUUCCGGAAACCCCUUCGUGGUAGUGGGGGAGAAUCCACCACAUGCCGCGGAUCCUUCACAACCAAGUACACAUCCAGCACUAGCCGAUGGCAACCCUCCCUCAGCACAUUUCCCUCCUCUUCCCAAAAUGAAACACUCUACUCAGCCCCAAGUGAGGGACGCAAUGGUGAAGGCUCUGUUGAAACUCACGUACCACGAGCUCGAGCGAGACCCUAAGGCUCCGGCUCGUGGACCCGCUCCUACCCGAAUUGCCAAACGUGAAGAUGCCUGGGAUACGGUUCAAGUAGGCCUGUAUCCUGCUUAUUCUCGGGUGAUGGUGAAUCCUACGUCGCUUCAAUUGGACCCUAUCUUGGGACAUGAGUGCUUAUACCGGGGUCGAGGCCCUGUGGGGUCCCCAGAUUCUGCUGCCGUUGACACCGUCAUUGUCAUUGGCAUGCUUACUGAAGUCGGCUGUACCCAGAUUGACCGCGAUGAGAACAGAGCUGAUCUCUAUGACGAUGUUGAGAAUUCCUUUAUUGAGGCCACCAAUAUGAACUGGGAUGUCCUGAGCCGCGAAAUGUCCAAGGAGCUUCGCGAUUCCUUCUUCCGACAACUACACCUGGCGUAUCCUGCUCUUGGAAUGGGUCAGGCCCUUCCUCCAUGGGCUGUGUGGGCCAAGCUUACGAGGAAUUUUGCGCAGUUUCAAUACUUGUUUCAAGAUCGCCAACAUUACUGCGACUGUGAACACAGACCAUACAACGAUAGCCUCGACAUGAUCGGGACCUGCGUUCUGCCUCCCUGGAAGGACAGCGAUCGAAAUGGGGUCACUCCAUCUGAGCUGAUCGCCCGUAAAUUCGGAAUGGAAUCUAAAUUUGAUUGCCCGAUUUGCCAGGGAUCUGUCGGGACUGGCCGCGUGGUUGAGCGGACGAUGUUGCGGCUUCCGCCGAGGUUGGUGUUGACAAUGCAUGAGAACACUGCGCUUCGAGAACAUACGAAAGAAGUCUCUUUUGAAUUUCGAGAUGAGAACAACAAGCUACAGACUGCCAAGUACCGGUGGCUUGGAGGUGUCUAUUACCGUGAAGAGCGUUUACGAGUCUUUUGGAGCGAAACUCAGCGUGAUGGAGCCGACCCUGCCACUUUGAGCGUCUACGACCCCCUCCUAUUAUCAGGGGUGAUCAUUGGAUCCGUCCCUGCGGCAAGUCCUGAACGUGUUCCUCCGGAGUGGAUACAGGAGACUCCUCCUUUCCUGAUCUACGAGCGAGUUUUGGAUCCUCCGCAGCCCCUGUUGGACCUGGUGGGGAAGCAAGUCACCCAUAUGAUGAGGAAUCUGACCCAGGGCAAGCCUGCUCUCGAGGGACACAAAGCCAACUGGGAGGAUCCCAGGCCGCGCAGAGGCUUUACGAAUCCACGGCUGCCAGUGUUUGGUGAAAGGCAUUUCAAUAUUCAACGCCCCGACCCAUCACUCCACCUCAUGCUUGACCCACUUCGAGGCAAUGUCACACAGAACCUCUUUUCUUUGAUGACGGUGAAUCCGCACCACCCGCUGAUCCCAAAUUUGUUUCAAGCCGUGGCCGGACAGCCUCUACCGCAAAAUGUCCCGCCGGCGGCCCCCGAAUACCCCUUGCCCCAGGCCGAGAAUGUCUUUCCCUCUAUGCUCACUGGGCCGGGUCAAUUCUUUGAUAACCCCCAGAAAUGGGCACUCGGUCCACCAGAAGUGGAGCAGGAGAUGGCCACCUGGGGCCCGACUGAGCUUCCCGACGUUCCAACAGCCGCACAGCAAGCGGCACUGGAACAGGCCGAGCGAGACCUGGCACAGACCCAGCGAGAGCAAGAGGAGCGGAUGCAGGAGAUGUGGACAGAUUGGGUGAACUUUAGCCCGAGCCACUCCCCUGAGGCUCGUGGGGGAAAAGUUCAGGUUGCGAUUGCGCGACGGCGGGAUUCCGACAUCCACAUGACGGGCAUGUCGGCAGAUCCGAACUUUUACUGGAGCCGUCCCAGACUACACCCAACUGGAGUCGCGAAGAAGGAGACCGCACCCAAAGAUCGUUCGACUCCAGCGAGCAGGGUUUGGAGAACAGAAACGGUCACAAGACCUGGCCGGCUUGAACCGACUAUGCAACCUGCGCCAUCGACAUUACCUACAGACUAUAUGGAGUCGACACAUUUCCGGCCUACGCAGCCUGGAUCGUCUACACUUUCUCAAAAUCCUCCCCAAAGCGCUGUUUCAGUCCAAAAGAGCGUUUCCCGGGAUUCGGACGACGAGGUGGAGGAUCAGAGGAACAAACCCCUACGACCCCUACGACGACCAGGGCCUUUGAGAUAA